AUGUUCAGACUCCCCUUCUCCCGGGCAUCGGCCUCUCUCUCUGUCUCUGUCUCCCGCGCAUUUCACUCCUCCCGCCCGCUCGCCGUCAGCCAGGGCGACAGCAUCCCCGACCUCGACGUCCUGACUGAGAACUCGCCUGGAAACAAGGUCAACCUCGCCUCCGAGCUGGCCUCGGGCAAGGGCGUCAUCGUCGGCACUCCCGGCGCCUUCACACCCGGAUGCUCUCUCUCGCAUGUACCAGGCUUCCUCAACCAUCCCAAGCUCAAAGACGCAGGCAAGGUCUUCGUCGUCUCCGUUAACGACGCUUUCGUAACCAAGGCGUGGGGUGAAUCGCUUGACCCGCACAAGAAGAGCGGUGUUCGCUUCCUCGCCGACGCUUCAGGCGAGUUCAACAGGCAGAUGGACCUGCUCUUCAGCUCGGCCAAGGUCUUCGGCAACGACAGGAGCAAGAGGUACGCCCUGGUCGUCGAGGACGGGAAAGUAGUCAAGGCCUUUGUCGAGCCUGACAACACCAGCGUCGAUGUCUCCCGGGCUGAAAAGGUGCUGGGAUAG